AUUUAUUCUGCUUCUUUAUCUCGAUUAGGGUUUUCUUCUCGCAGCGUACCGUUCUUCGCUCGAGCGACUGCUGGCGGUGUUCGAUCGUUCUACUCGAUUCUGCGACAAUGGGGAAAACACAUGGUAUGGGUGCCGGGCGCAAGCUCAAGUCUCACCGGAGAAGGCAAAGAUGGGCGGACAAAGCCUACAAGAAAUCUCACCUUGGGAAUGAAUGGAAGAAACCAUUUGCUGGAUCAUCUCAUGCUAAGGGCAUUGUUCUCGAGAAAAUAGGCAUUGAAGCGAAACAGCCAAACUCUGCUAUUCGUAAAUGUGCUAGAGUGCAGCUCAUUAAGAAUGGCAAGAAGAUUGCCGCCUUUGUUCCUAAUGAUGGUUGUCUUAAUUUCAUCGAAGAAAAUGAUGAAGUGUUGAUUGCUGGAUUCGGGAGAAAGGGGCAUGCUGUGGGAGAUAUUCCUGGGGUAAGAUUUAAGGUAGUGAAAGUGUCUGGUGUUUCUCUUUUGGCACUCUUCAAAGAGAAGAAGGAAAAGCCUAGGUCGUAACUAACUGUUGAAUGCCUAUUUAUUUAUAUAUAUAUAUAUAUAUAUGCGGGUGUGUGUGUGUAUUAUAUCAUCUUGUGUCUGUCUUUGAGUUGGUUUUGAUUUCUUGAAUUUUUUGUGUGACUAAAAAGUUUUGUAGUGUUCUUCGUUAAGUAUUUGCACUUAUAUGUUGGGUUAGAUGGAAUAUUGGGGGUCCUAUGAUCAUUUUCUCUUUAGUGCUA